AUGGCUGAGUCUAGUACGGCUGCCGCCGAAGCUGCCGUGGAGCAUGCGACAGACCAUGCAUUCGCCAAGAGGGUCCUGCGAAAGAUUGAUCGACGGCUUAUCCCUUUGCUUUUCCUCACAUAUAUGCUGAAUUUCAUGGACAAGACUAUUUUAUCGAGCGCUUCUGUUUUUGGGCUUUCCGAAGAUACGGGCCUGGUGGGACAACAGUAUAGCUGGGUGUCGUCAAUCUUCUACUUUGGCUACCUGGCGUGGGCAUAUCCAACGACGAUUUUGAUUGCCCGUCUACCGCCGGCAAAAUAUUUGACAGGAAAUACGCUUCUCUGGGGCACUGUAGUUGCUCUCACUGCUACUUGCACCAACUUUGGAGGUCUAAUGACAGUCCGCUUUUUGCUUGGAGUCGCGGAAGCGACUAUUACACCCGCUUUCAUGUUUAUCACGUCGACAUGGUAUACCCGUGAUGAGAUACCCACUCGAACGGGCUUAUGGUUUUCCGGAAAUAGCGUUGGCGGGAUCGUUUCCAGUUUGCUUGCCUAUGGCCUCGGGCAUGUCAACGACCAUGUCGGACCAUGGAGGUGGAUGUUCAUUGUACUCGGUCUUUGGACUUUCCUCUGGGGAUUCGCUCUCUGGACCUUACUCCCUGAUUCAAUUUCGAGUGCGAAAUUUCUUGAAGAGGACGAGCGACGAUUCGCGAUCAACCGAGCCAUUAUCGCAGGAACCGGAGUAACAGAGAAGACAGCUUGGAGGUGGGAUCAAGUUCGCGAGUGUUUGAUAGACCCUAAGACUUGGUUGAUCUUUGGCCUGGCGCUUUUGACCCAAAUUCCCAACGGCGGAACGCAGAACUUUGCAAACCUUGUGCUUGUAUCUUUCGGGUUUACGAAUUUGCAGUCAACAUUGUUGACAAUACCCUACUCGCUCAUCACCGUCGCAACAAUCACCGGCACGGGUUGGCUUGCCGGCCGCUUCCGUCAGUUGAAUUGCUUGCUCAUUGUGGCCGUGGUGCUUCCAUGUAUCGUGGGGAGCGCGAUAAUCUACUCGCGAGCUCACAUAGUGCUUGGAGUGCAAUUGUUUGGAUAUUUUCUCUUAUCGACUGGGCCGGCCGCGAUGCCACUUGCGAUGUCUUUGGUUCAGGCCAAUUAUCGCGGAGUCACCAAGAAGAUGACAGUUACCGCAAUGGUCUUUCUGGGAUAUUGCACCGGGAACAUUUCUGGUCCUCAAUUCUUUUUGAGUAGCGAGGCACCCACUUACAACACGGCCUUUCGCACUAUCAUGAUCUGCUAUGCGUUGGUGGUUUUGCUGGCUUCAAGCCUGAGAUUUUACCUGCAAUGGAUAAAUAAACGUCGUGCGCAGGAAGAAGGAUUCGAGGGAAGUGCUGGAAAUGCAGGCGCCAUCGGAGGUGGCAAGAUUGUGGAUAGCGAUCAUAACUCGAAGGAUGUUGUGGGCAUGAUAAACCAGGUUCAACUGGUAUCAAACGACUUUGAAGAUACCACAGACUGGAAAACUCCUGGGUUUAGGUACCGCUACUGA